AUGUUAACAGCCAGCACCCACCAGAAGCCACGGCGUGGUUUGAAGGGAGGAUACAGUGAUGCUGGAAUGGGUGGGGGUUACACGCAGUCUCCUGGAGGCUUUGCAUCACCUGCCCUGUCCCAGGGAGGAGAAAAGAAAGGGAGAACCCGUGCCACACAAAUAAUCCCCUGCUCAGUGUCUCAGCUCAUGUCUGCAUCACAAGUGGAUGAGGCCUUCAAAGUGGGAGAGGUGGAGAUUUCACAGAUCACCAUUGUUGGUAUAAUUAGAAGCACAGACAAAUCCAUGACCAACAUCCAGUAUAAAGUUGAUGACAUGACCAGUGCUCCCAUGGAUGUGAAGCAGUGGGUGGACACAGAGGACCCAAGUGUGGACAGCAGUGUCCUGCCCCCUGGAACAUAUGUGAAAGUUUCCGGAAAUCUGCGUUCAUUUCAGAACCACAGAUCUGUAGUAGCGUUCCGAGUCCGAGCCCUGGAGGACUUGAAUGAAAUUACUUCACACAUGCUGGAGGUCGUCUAUGCCCACAUGGCGCUCAGCAAACAAGCCACGUCAGGAGGCGGCACAGGAAUGAGCAGUAACAGCAUCCUUGUGUCACGGCCGGCCACACAAGGGAUGGGAGGAAGCUACACAGGCGCUAACGACAUGGUCAAUAAUGGCUUAAGUGCGAAUCAGAACCAAGUGUUAAGUUUGAUUAGAGGCUGCCCAGACCCGCAGGGCAUCAGCAUUCAAGAUUUAAAGCACAGACUUGGUAGCAUGAGUCUUGCUGUAAUCAAGCAAGCAGUGGACUUCCUCAGCAACGAAGGACAUAUCUUUUCCACUAUCGACGAAGACCACUUCAAAUCAACAGACAAUGAUGAUUAG